UGCUGUUAGGAGUGGGCACAGUACAAUUGUUUUGCUCGUGGAAUUAAGAGCUCCAGUUAAGCAAAGGAUUACAAGAAAAUUAAAAGUGAAAAUAAUGCCGCCACCACAUCACGACGACCGCCUCUUUGGCAUCCAUUUGGGAUUGCACUUGGGACACCAUCAUAGUCACCAUGGACACCAUGGACACGGACAUCCGCCGCCGCACCAUCAUCAUCAUCAUCAUCACGGACCACCACCGCCGCCGUUCUACGAUCAUCAUCAUCACCAUCAUCAUCACGGUCCACCGCCACAUCACGUACACCAUGAUUAUCAUCAUGGCCACUAUGAGCAUCAUCAUCAUGGACCACCACAUCAUCACUGCUAAGUGUUGACUUGGAAUGCGAUGGGCCACAAAUUUAUCUAUUCUAACUAUUGUGAACUGCCUGUGAAGUGAAUUUACAUACAUGUAAAUGUAUACAUUUAAUCACGAAUUUUAUUUAUUAAACACAAAA